AUGGCGCUCAACGGUCCUGGUGUUUAUCACCGCACCCGCGAGCAUGAAGAAGAAGACGCCUCAAACAUUUCCAAAAACUUCCUCGCUGAAGCAUGGAAAUCAUGGCCCAACGAAGCAGCCUUUGACCGUCUUGAGGAACAUCGUGGCCCCCUUCGACUCACCCUCAAAGGGUCUAUCCCCUCGUGGGCCGCUGGCACUCUCUACCGUACCGGCCCAGGCCAAAGCCGCGUAGAAGACACAGCUCGCGGAACACACUUCACUACACAUUGGUUCGAUGGCUUCGCGCAGACCCAUCGAUUUGACAUAGUCGCCUCUGAAGAUGGUGAGACACAAGUGUGGUACUCGUCGAGACGGCAGGCUGAUGAGUGGAUUGCUGAUGUGAAGAAGAAAGGAUGGCGAUCAGGCAUGACUUUUGGACAAAAGGCCGAUCCAUGUGUUGGAAUAUUUGCAAAAGUCAUGACCGUCUUUGAGCCAAAGCUGGGGAAUCACAAUGUUGCCCUUUUGGCUAACGUUCCUGGCUUGGCUGACGAGGACGAAGAAGUGGAUGAGAAAGCAAACGGCGUCAAUGGGCCUCUUGGACAUCGUGUGAGCGCGAGUAAUCUGUUUGUUGCGACAGAUUAUUCAGGAAUACGUCGGAUCGACCCAUCUACUCUACAACCCCUAGGAGAAGCCACACAAAGCGAUCUUCAUCCUUCUCUUAACGGUCCCUGUUCAUGCGCCCACGCCCAACGCGAUCCCGUUUCAGGAGACUUGUUCAACUUCAACCUUGCUUUCGGUCGUGUCCCUACCUACCGAAUCUUCCGCGUCGACGCUGCCUCCGGAGAGACAGAGAUCCUUGCUACAAUUUCUGAUCUCAAUGCCCCACCUGCGUACAUGCACAGCUUUUUCCUCAGUGAGAACUAUGUUAUCUUGUGCAUCCCGCUAUCGCAAUAUGCAUGGCGAGGACUCAAGACACAAUGGGAAGGAAACAUCAUCGAUUCCAUGAAACCCUUCGACAAAAACAGAGAUUGCAAAUGGCUUGUGAUCGACCGGCGACAUGGAAAGGGGCUUGUGGCAACCUUCUCAACACCAGCUGCUUUUUUCUUCCACAGCAUCAACGCCUUCGAAGAAAAGGUCAGGGAAGAAGAUGGCAAUGAGCGAACAGAUCUCUUCGUUGAUCUAGCCAAGUACGAUAAUAUGGAUAUCAUCAAGGGCUUUUACUACGAUGUUAUCAUGGAUCGCGACGACGCCACUAAGAAAUACUGGUUCGAGAACGAGCGUUACAAGAAUUGUGCACCUACACUCACAAGGUAUCGCUUCACCCUGCCUUCAGAGCCUACGCCUGAUACAUCCUUCAAAUCCAAAGGAGAAGAAGUCCUCGCCAUUCCAAGCCCACACACAGGCGAACUCCCCGUUAUCCACCCCCAAAGAGUCGGCAAGCCCUACCGCUACGUCUACAGCGCUGCGCUACGCGGUCUAACAACUGUCGUCGACGCACUAGUCAAGACCGACCUGAAGACAGGAGAUGCGCUAAUAUGGACGGGACCCGAGGGGCAUACGCCUGGAGAGCCAGUCUUUGUCCCUAGGCCAGGAGCCAAAGAUGAAGAUGAUGGGAUUGUUUUCAGUUUAAUCGUAGAUGGAGUUGCAGAGACAGCAUAUAUUCUAUGCUUGGAUGGCAAGACGAUGGAGGAGAUGGGAAGGGCAGAGGCUGACUUUGCUAUUGGGCAGGGAUUCCAUGGCAUUCAUAUACCCGCUGCUUAG